AUGCAACAGGGCGCUCGGGCUGCCGACCCGUCCCCAAAGCGCAAGCUCGCUCGACUCAGUAGCUUCACACCAGUGUCGCCCGCAGAGCUCGCAGACACGCUCGGAGUCUCGCCAGAGGCGGUCGUCCAAGCGCUGGCUUCACAGUCUGGCGCGCUCUCCAGCUCCAGUUUGGCUCUGACUCCCCCUCCAGUGACAGCGGCUCAAGCAGCCCAUGCAGCUCAUGCAGCUCAUGCAGCGCAAGCCGUUGCUGCUGCAGCUCCAGGCGUAACAGUCAAAGCUGGAGCAGAAGCAGCAGAGCGCAGUAGGCCACCAGAAGCUAAAUCAGCGCCCAGCUCCAGCUGGACGGCAACAACCUCCGACACGCAGGGCCCAGCUGGUGGCAGUGCAGACAUGCGCCAUGGCGGGUACGAUACGGACGACAGCGACGAUGGAAAUGCGUACGAUCCGUCCGUCUUCCUGCCCGAUGCCACGGCUGCAGCAAGUGCAUCGCAGCCUCGCCGGAAACGCCGCUCCCGUCGCAAUUCCUCACAGACUGGAGACGACACAAGUAGCGCGCACAAAUCCUCGAGUCGCCGACGACGAGACAGCGAGUCUUCCUCAAAGCAAGAGAGCGGCGUUGCUGAAGCCGACCCAGCCCACCCGGCAGCAAGCCGCCAACAGUCUGGCGGCAAGGCGCCAAGAGCCAAUCCUGCACGAAGCUUCCAUCGAUACAUGUCCACGCCGCUUGGAACGAGUCAUUCGGCAACCACAGAAGGAGAGCCAGGAGGGCCCACCCGCGAUGCUGCUCGCCGCGUAACAAGCGAUGGUGCACUCAAGUUGAAGGCCCAGAGUUUCCCUGCCUAUUCCGAGGCGGCCAACACCCUUGUGCAUGGUGAUGGCGCAGCGACGCUUAUGGGCGCCUCGCUCGUCACAUUGGUCGAUUCGGAACUUGGCAUGGCCGAUGCUCGCGAUCAGGAAAGUAGCGGCUCGGUCCAAACGAUCGAUUCGACGGGCGACUCAUUACUCCUGCUGCCAAACCAGAGGGAUGAAGCGCUCGCCGAACACAGCGAUGCCGAUCUCGCAGAGGACGACGAGGACGACGAUGAUGGAUCGCUGCUUUCGAGUGGAGCAACCGACGAUGAAGGCAACGAGCAGUCCGACGAGUUCGAUUUGCAACCAGACGGUGCCGACGCCGGAUCGGAUGAGGAAGACAUUUCCACGCGCUUCAUGCGCUACUUGAACACACGAGUAGAUUCCGACACCAUUUUGCUCGAAACAAAUCUGGACGAUCUGGACGAUGUCCUGUCGCAACCAAGCGAGCCCGCCGCAAGCGACAAUGCCGCGGCUGAAACGGAAGGCCCAUCGCCCCGUGGCUUUACCCGCUCGCACAGUCGGAGAAUAUCCUCUCGUCGGCCAAACUUUUCCGCGGCCAGCCACCUCGAGCGCUCCGGCUCUGUUGGAAGCGGCCUUGAGUUUGAGGCUGGCGGUCGACGCGGCUCGGCGUCUUCCGUUCAGAGCUCCGACUCUAGCUCGUCGACUGGCAUUGCUGCGCCGCCUGGAUUGUCGCGCCAGUCGUCCACAAUCUCUGCCGACUCGCUCACACCACCAGACCCGUCCAGUGGGCGCAGUUCAGAAACGUCCAGCAUGAUGGACGAGGAAGACCGCGAGGUCACGCGCCAGUUUGUUCGGCGUCUGAGUGUGAAAUCUAGCAAAUUCAACGCACCCAACUUCACCCGGCGCUGGCUGGAUAGUCCAACUGGCUCCAUGGCCGACAAGCUGGACGAAAAUGAGGAUGCCUCUGGGCAUUCCUUGGGCGUCACUGCCAGCCCAUCCUUUUCUCGCGUGCCGUCGCAAUUGGAGCUCGACGGCAUCCCGCAGUCCUUCCGGCGAGAUACAUCUUCUGCUGACGCCAAGGUCGCAAGCUACCAACAGAAAUCGCGCCUUAUGAAGUUUUUCGGCGAAGGCAUGAACCAUUUAGAUCCCAAAACGAGCCUAACCAUGCCGAUUGAAACUUGCCUGCAACUCAUGGUCAAGGGUGCCAAUAUGCUCAAGUACACAAGCACGGCGGGCUCGCCGCAUCACCGCCUGUUUCGACUGGACCCAAGCAACAUGAUCAUCCUGUGGUACAAGAUUUUGGGCAAAGACACGUUUCCCAAGGCCAUUCACAUCAACAGCAUCAAAGAACUGAGGCGCGGGCAGCGCACCAAGCCGUUCGAGAAGGAUCCUUGGCGAGAUUUGGAAGGGCAGUCGUUUUCGCUCAUCUACGGCGAAUGGCAGACGCUCGAUCUGAUUUGCGACUCUCUCGAAGACUACCAUACAUGGACACGCGGCUUGGAAGCGCUGAUUUACUCGACACAGUACCACAAGGAGGAUGGCGCCGUGAGUCAGCUUCGCUUGGAAUGGCUCGUUGCUUGCCCAACCAGCGCCGAAGGCGUUCUACCUGUCAAGAAGGCCAUCACCCUUGUCGAGCGUCUGAGUAACCAGCGCCGAAAACACAUGAAGCCCAGCGUCUUGGAGCAAACGAUUGGAGCCACGCCCACGGUCACCUUUGACCAAUUUGUGUCGCUGUACACGGCCCUGACGCGUCGCCCAGAAAUCCUCAAAAUGUUCGAGGACCACUGCGCUCGAGACGAGCUCGGACUUGGCUUGUACAUGGACGCCGAGUCGUUCUACAAGUUUCUCGUCGAAAUCCAGUGCGAAACGGAGUUUUCGAUUGACGAUGCUCGCACGCUCAUUCAAAAGUUCUCUGGCAACGGCAACCGGACCCAGCUUGACAUUGUCGGUUUUACGUCGUUCCUCCAUAGCGACGACAAUAGCCUGUUUGACAAGGUGCAACGCUCAGUGUGCCAAGAUAUGACGCUGCCUCUCUCGCAGUACUUUAUUGCCAGUUCGCACAACACGUAUCUGCUCGGCGACCAGCUCAAAGGAGAAUCCAGUGUCGAGGCGUACAUUCGCGCGCUUGUUUCCAACUGUCGCUGCGUUGAGCUUGACUGCUGGGACGGCUCUGAUGGAGAUCCAAUCAUUACGCAUGGCCACACUCUCACAACCAAGAUCAAGUUUCGCGACGUCAUUAUUGCCAUCAACGAGUAUGCUUUCAAGACAUCCCCGUACCCCGUCAUUCUCUCGCUGGAAAACCAUUGCUCCAAAGACCAGCAAGAAACCAUGGUGCAGAUCAUGCGCGACGUUUUCCAAGCUCGGCUCGUCACCGAAACCUUGUUCCCCGUCGAUCCCGAGGACCUUGCGAACGUCGCGUUGCCUUCCCCCGAGCAGCUCAAGUACCGGAUUUUGGUUAAAGCGCGUGUCUCGUUAAACCUCAAAUCACGCCCAAGCUUGGCUUCGCUUGCAGGGACCUCCACGAUUCGGCUCCGCACGAAUAGCAACGCGUCUAACGUCGGCAGUUUGUCCAGCAUGCCGCCAGCAUGGGGUGCAAGCACCACUUCGCUCCUCGUUCCUUCUCUCAGCAGUGCCUCCUUGACUGUGCCAGGCUCUCCCAAGCCUUCGAGAUCCAGCAGCAUCAGCAUGGAAGUGCUGCCCAGCUCGCCUGCAGCGGCUUCUGCGAGUUCUGCUGGCUCUGCUGGUUCUGCUGUCUCUACUGGUUCUGCACCACCACCCUUCUUAUCUUCGACCGCUUCCUCGAUGAAUCUCAACGGCGACUCGCUUGUAGAGGAAGGCACGGCGGCAGAGGAGGUGAAAGCCAUUCAACCGUUGGCCGAUCUGGCCGUGUAUUGCCAAGGCGUCUCCUUUGUCUCGUUCGUGCACAGUCGGGAAAAUCACACCAACUUUAUGCAGUCGUCGUUUGGCGAAACCAAAGCCAAGAAGAUUUGCGUCAGCCAGGCCGUGUCCUUCGUCUCUCACAACCGAGCACGCCUGAGCCGCGUCUACCCAUCUGGAUCACGCUUCAACUCGAGCAACUUUGAUCCUCAGUUGUUUUGGAACUGCGGCAUCCAAAUGGUUGCGCUCAACUACCAAACCAACGACGCAGCCAUGUUUGUCAACCGCGGCAUGUUUAGCCGGAACGGCGGGUGCGGCAUGAUUCUCAAGCCCAUCAACAUGCGCUCGCCCGAGCUUUCGUUCGACCCUCAGCAAAAGACUGGUCUCUACGCCGAGCAGACUCCCUCCUUCCUCUCAAUCAAUGUCAUUGCAGGCUUGCAUCUCAGCGAUGGCAAAAACCGAUCCCGGCUCCCCGACAUUGCCACGUCCAUCUCCAGCUCUGUCGUUGUCGAAAUUCGCAUUUCUGGCGUGAAUCGGGACACUGGUUCGCAGCGCACUUCGGCUGUUCGUGGGAACACGUUUGAUCCGGAGUGGAAUCAGCGACUGGACUUUCAAGUUGUCGCUCCCGAGCUGGCGACGGUUGGAUUUUUCGUUUGGGAAGAGCACGGACGGUCGACGCGGUUGCUUGGGCAUGAGGUUGUGCCUUUUGUUGCCCUCAAGCCUGGCUACCGCCAUAUUCGCCUUCGAACGCACUAUCACGAGCUGCUGCCUUUCAGCUGCUUGUAUGUGCAUUCGUCCUUCAGCGCUCUGACCAACAAGGUUGUUUCCAUGCGUGGCAGUGUCCAUCGACCCGACUCCAAGCAGCAGAAAAAGUGGGGCGGCGUUGGCCGCCGAUCGAAUGAAGCUGUUCAACUUUAA